AUGAACCUCUAUUCUACACUACCAGCGCUUCAAGCCAAAUACAACUACCUGGUGCGACCAGUUCGAGUUCCGCAAAAUCCUCUGAACGUUUCGAUGAAGGUGUUUCUGCAGCAGAUCAUCGACGUCAACGAGAAGGACCAGCUGAUCGAGCUGAAUGCAUGGUUGCAAUUUAAAUGGAAAGACUACAGACUUCGAUGGAGCCCCAGUCGUUUUGACAAUAUCACUUCGGUGCGUUUUGCGACUAGCGAGGAUGGCGGGCCACUCUGGAGACCGGAUGUAUUGCUUUAUAAUAGCGCCGCCGAUCAGUUCGACUCGAUGUUUAUGAGCAACAUGGUGGUGAGCAACACCGGGGAGGUCCAAUGGGUACCGCCUGGAAUCUUCAAGGCUACCUGCAAGAUCGACAUAACGUGGUUCCCGUUCGAUUCCCAAACGUGUUUCAUGAAAUUCGGCUCCUGGUCCCACCACGGCAAUUCCAUAGAUUUGCUGAUCGAUACGACGGAUUCAGGUGAAUCCAUCGACACUUCGACGUACGUCAGCAACGGCGAAUGGCUGCUUGUGGACACACCCGCAAUCCGGGAGACGAUGUACUACGCGUGUUGCGACGAACCGUACCCAACCAUCAAGUUUUAUCUGUACAUUAAGAGGCGAACGCUGUUCUAUGCUUUCAACCUGAUCAUCCCCUCGCUGCUCAUCUCCAUGAUGACGUUGAUGUGUUUCUGCUUGCCCGCCCACGAUAUGGCCGAGAAGAUUGGAUAUCAAACGACCAUCCUGCUCUCGGUCUGCUUCUUCUUGACGGUACUCUCCGAGAUGACACCAAAUACCUCCGAAGCCCUACCGUUAAUAGGUAUAUUUUUCUCAACCGUGACUGUGAUUCUCUCGUGCUCGACGGCGUUUACGAUUACGAUGCGAAAGCUGUUCCUCGAGUGGUUACCUUGGCUCUUGAUGAUGUACCGCCCCGGCCAUCGAUUCAAAUGCGGUCACUCCGAACCAGACGACGUCUUGAAGGAGGUCGAGGAGGGCACCUCCGAGCCGGACCGCACCUCGCAGACCAUCACCGAGCCGGGCACGUCGUUCGAGCAGCCUGAAACGAUAUUGGAUGUCCUCUGUGAUGUUCCAACGGAAAAACUGUUGUUGGAACGGAAGGUCGGCGACGGUAUCUUCUACACGCCAAACCGACAGGCGUCUAUCGAAUCUCGACGCAGCGUGCAGUUGGAGAAGUAUCUGAAGAAAUGCGUCGAGACGAGCAGCGAACAGCGAAGCGAGGAGGGGGAUUACGCUAUCAAAGUCUACGAGUAUUUCGCUGCCAUUAAUGCGCAGCUGAAGCGGAUACGGGGCGAGAUUGAGAAGAAUAGUCAGCUGCAGGAAGUGAUGGAGGAAUGGAAAUUUGCUGCCAUGUGCCUCGAUCGUCUCUGCUUAGUGGUGUUCUCCUCCUUCCUGUGCACAUCAAUCUUCGUCAUCUUCUACUCAGCCCCCUAUCUCAAUGCC